AUGGGUGGGCAAUCCCUCAAGAGCUUCACAUCUGCCCAUUCUGACGUGGCCAUAACGCAGCUUAACAUUAGCGCCUGCCGAGAGUUCACCGAGUUCAACCUGCCCCACCUCCACUUCUUCCCUACACAACACUCUCUCUACGCCGCUACGCUCUACUCCAUCAUGGAACUACCUACCCCCGCCAAGUGCACCGCGGACUUUUGUCUGAUUCCAAUCGGCACCUCCUCACCCUCCGUCUCCGCCCAAAUCGCCGAUGUCCAGCGACUGAUCGAAGCCUCGGGCAUCAAAUACACCCUGCACUCCGCCGGCACCACUCUCGAAGGCUCCUGGGACCGGGUCCACCAGGUCAUCGGACAGGCGCAUACCCUCCUCCACCAACAGGGGAUCGUACGUAUCCAAACGGAUAUCCGGGUCGGAUCAAGGACGGACAAAGAACAGACUGCUGAGGAUAAGGUCAAUAAGGUGCGCCAGUUACUGAGGAAAGACCAGUGA